CGCGAGGAAGUCGCAAGAUGGCUGAUGUCGCUUGGAAGUAACGUUCCCCUCUGCAACAUGAAGCCGUGAGUGUGGAAGAAAGCGAGGGAGGCACCAUCGGGCUUUUAUUUUUAUUUUCUUUUAGUUACUUUUCUUUUAUUUCGUCAAACAUCCAUCUCAUUCCGCGUCGUGUCCGCCCCGGACUUGUCUUCGGGAGUUGACGCGUCAAAUCACGCCGGGGACCCUGCCAGCAGCUAACAGCUAGCCACACCGUUAGCAAAUGUUAGUUCAGCUAGCCCGUCAGCCUCAGAGCCUGUUUUAAUUGAUAAUCUGACACCUGCGACCCAACAAGCUGCCGGUUCAAAUGUGCUGAAAUCCGCCUGAAAUCAGGUAGAGCAGAACAAGUGUCAAAUAUUUACAGGUUUAAAAAAAAUUACAAGCUGCUCGGUUUAACAUCAUGUCCGCGAACUGGCCAUCCAGCCUGUAGGUUGCUAACUAAUGCGCAGUAUUGCAUCUGUUUCAUGUGCACAAACCAGCAGGAUUAUUAUUUUAUCGGCGUUUUUCAGUAACAUCCACCACCGUGCUGCAUUUCCGUUAUUUGCUGCCUGUUUGAAGCUGGUUGUGUUAAAGCCAAAUUAUGGGAGCAGGAAAUGUGUUGAACUUUUUCUGGUAGCUACACUGGCCUUGCUGGCAUCUCACCAAAAAUCCACAGGGAUGGACACUAAACUGAGCACCCACGACCAAAAUUGAGAAAAAAAUUGGCAUUUCGAUAUCUCGGACUGAUCGCUGAACACGCGUGUGCAGCUGUGCAUGGUGACUCAUUUCACCAGUCUGGGUGACAGUUAAAAGUUGUUUUGCAGCAGGGUUAACCAAACUAUCACUACACCGGAGACCAGUUAGCUUGCCUUAAGUGCACAGCUAGCUUCGGUCUCGCCCCACAUCACAUCACAAACACGGCGUACAGGACGUAUUCAGAGCCCGCUCCCGGCCAGACACACCGGCUCAACAACACCGUCAUGGGAGUGCAGGGUUUCCAAGAGUAUCUAGAGAAGCGGUGUCCCGGGGCCGCAGUCCCGGUGGACCUCCUGAAGCUUGCCCGUACCGCGGCCCGCCAGCCCCCUCACCACCAUCACCCACACCACCACCCACAUCACCCCGGGCCCAUGCCUCCCCCGCCCCCGCCUGCCAGGAUCCUAAUCGACGCUGACUCCGGCCUGCAGCGCCUUUACGGCGGAUACCAGACGGACUGGGUGUGCGGGGGCGAGUGGAACGCCAUGCUGGGCUACCUGGCCGCCCUGUCGCAGGCCUGCCUGUACCAGGGUGGCCUGGAGCUGGUCGUGGUUUUCAACGGCACCCUGGGGAAGGAGCGCUGGCCCGAGUGGGCGCGGCGAGCUCAGGGCCAGCGACAGACGGCGCAGCUGAUAGUCAACCACGUCGGCAGCAAGGCCACCCCGCCUCCCCGGGCAUGGUUCCUGCCCCCGGCCUGCCUCAGCCACUGCGUCCGCCUCGCCAUGUUCCGCUUCCGAGUGCGGGUUGUACAGACUUUGGAGGACCACCACCAGGAAGUGCUGUCUCUGUACAGGGACUUUGGAUUUGCCGGCCUGAUCGCUCAGGAUUCGGAGUUUGCCCUCUGCAACGUACCCGCCUACUUCUCGUCGCACGCGCUCAAACUGAGCUGGAACGGCAAGAACCUGACCACACACCAGUACCUGCUGUCUGAGGCCGCCAGGCAGCUCGGGCUGAAGACACAGCACCUGCCCUGCUUCGCUGCUCUGCUGGGAAAUCAUAUUUUGCCCGAUGAGGACCUGGCUGCCUUCCACUGGAGUCUGCUGGGACCAGAACACCCACUAGCUUCUCUCAAGGUGCGAGCCCACCAGUUGGUGCUGCCGCCCUGUGAGGUGGUGAUCAAGGCCGUCUCUGAGUACGUCUCCUCCAUCAAAGACCUGGGAAACCUCGACGCCAUCGCCAGAGAUGUCUUCAAACAGUCACAGUCUCGUAUGGAGGACAAGGUGGAGCGAUUCAAGAAAGCUGUGGAGUAUUUCUCAGCUGCCUCCAAACCUCGCUCGCCCAACAUGGGGCCCUCCUCUUUCAUCCUACCUGGGUUUGGUUUUGGGGGACCACCUGGCCACAUGGGACCUAUGCAGCCUGGAAAAAAUCAGUUCCCUCCCCCCCAGGUUCCAGGGUUAAAGCCACCCUAUCAAAAUGCGCCAUACGGACCUGGCUCCACCCCUCUGUUCCAGAACGCGCCGCCACCGUCCCAAGACUGCAACGACUCGCUUACGAACAAGAUGGGCUUCUCUGAUUGGUCGGCUCCAUAUGAUUCCACUCAGGGGGGAAACCGAUUACCCAAUCAUCACACCGCCACCCAGUCUGGUCCCUCUCCGUCUCCUUCAUCGUCAUCAGAUGGAGAUGAACCCAACGACAGCAACGCAAACCAUUUGACGGACAAGCCCUCUCGGUGGGAGGAUCCUGCUGGAAGGGGGGGCUCUGCCUCUGGAGACGGUUCCCAAGGCAACGGGAGCGGGUCAAACAUUCCGUCACUGUUGUCUAUGGCGACGCGGAGUCACAUGGACAUAACCACACCUCCUCUGCCUCAGGUCAGUGCUGAGGUUCUACGUGUAGCUGAGCACAGACACAGAAGAGGACUGAUGUAUCCCCAGAUUUAUCACAUAUUGACCAAGGGAGAGAUGAAGAUGCCAGUGUGUAUAGAGGAUGAGUGUAACUCGGAGCUGCCUCCUGCCUCUCUGCUGUUCCGUGCUGCCAGACAGUAUGCCUACGGCGUCCUCUUCAGUCUGGCUGAAACGCACCGCCGCCUGGAGAGGCUCGCUCUCCGCAAGAGGGCUCCCCUGGAAGUUCCUCCAGUGAUUGUCAAAGAGUGGAGCAGCGGUAAAGCCAAGUCGGCCCUGACUCCGGAGCUGGUCCCGGCCCUGUGUUUCAGGGAGUGGACCUGCCCCAACCUGCGGCGGCUGUGGUUGGGUCGUGCCAGCGAGGACCGCUCCAGGAGAACCAGGGCCUUCCUGGCCUGCCUACGCUCUGACUGCCCAGCCCUCCUCAACCCAGCACAGGUCCCACAGCAUCUGCUGCUCAUGUGCUGCGUGCUCAGGUAUAUGAUGCAGUGGCCCGGAGGAAGGAUCCUCCAGAGACAUGAGCUAGAUGCCUUUCUGGCUCAGGCUGUCUCCAGCCAGCUCUACGAACCCGACCAGCUGCAGGAGCUCAAGGUGGAGAAGGUGGAUGCCCGCGGCGUGCAGCUGGCUUCUCUCUUCAUGGCUGGUGUGGACACGGCGCUGUUCAUCAACGAUGUGUGCGGUCAGCCGUUGCCAUGGGAACACUGCUGCCCCUGGGGUUUUUUUGACGGCAAACUGUUUCAGAGCAAACUGGCCCGGGCCGCCCGGGACAGGGCCGCCCUGCUGGACAUGUGUGAGGGGCAGGAGGAGCUGGUGUCCAAAGUGGAGAAGAUGCGUCAGGCAAUCCUCGAGGGCAUCAACCUGUCCCGCCCUCCUCCUCCUCCCCCUCCUCUUCCACCUCCUGCCUUCCUCCCCCCUGCCAUGGUGCCCCCUUUCUACCCCAUGCCUCCUCUUUACCCACCUCGCCCCAUGGGCGGCAUGCCUCCCCACCAUCACCCACAUCAUCCACACCACCCCGCCCAGCACAGACCCAGAGCCUUCCCAGGCCUUCAGUCCAUCCCACCUCAGGGAGGGAAACUGGAGAUCGCUGGUAUGGUCGUCGGCCAGUGGGCUGGGAACAAACCAGUCCGUGGGAGAGGGGGGUUCAACAUGCAGGUGGUGUCAGUGGGAGCAGGGAGAGGGAGGGGUAAAGAGAUUCCAGCUAAAGUACGGGGGGUGAAAAAGACACCCACCAACAGAUCACAGACGUCGCCACCGCCCCCAUCCAGCAGUCCCCCAAAGCCCUCAGAGGAGGCGGCCUCCACGCCAGAGGUUGCAACUCAGCAGCUGAACGGCAGCUCAGCAGCCUCCGCCAUCGGCCAGCCCUUGGAGCUGGCCCCCCUGGCCCAGCCAAUCCCGUGUGCCUUAGCCAGCAGAGACAACCAAUCAGAGGGGGUGGAAGUGGAGGCCCCCUGUUGCCUUGACGACUGCCCGUCAGACGGAGCGCUACAGAAAGAGGAGUGAAGGCGUCCUUCCCGGGACGCACUGCUCUGAGAGAGUUCUCUGUGUUUGACUGCCUUUCCCUGUUUUUGUAGCCCCGCCUGCUAUCUGUGCACGCUAUCACAUGGAGCAGGAGGCGAGGCGAGGCUACUCCUCCUCCUCCUCUGAGCAGGAGGAGAGGCUCCUCCUCCUCCUCCUCGUCUGAGCAGGAGGCGAGGCUCCUCCUCCUCCUCCCAGCUGCUCCAUGUGAUAGGCUGAAGCAGUUAGCCGUUACUUCCUUUUUAGUUUUCUCAUGUGGUUUCACAUUGUUUUAUGAAGAGAGGUUUUCUCCAUGAGUCUGUAAGCGCCCCACCCCUCAAAAAUCCUAAACGCCUCCCCCCCUGCACUCAGAGUAAAAUAAGCUUGAAGCCCCACCCCCCACCCCCAUAUUACAACCCACCACUUAAACGCCCCCUCCUCCUAAUUAUGGGUAUCUGUACAGUUAAAAUGUCUUAUUUUGUGUUUUUAAUGGUCCCAUUGUUUUAAUCUCUGCACACAGAUGUUAAGCAUGCGGUUACGGUGACAGAUUGGAUGUGGUUUCCACGGUUACAGCAUCUAGGCCUGGUCGCCAUGGUCGGUAGUUGUGUGCGGAUGCGGUUUGUUGCCAUAGCCAUCUCGUGUGAGGUUUGUCUUAAAUGAAUUCGGAGCGAUGUCCAGAGAGUUUGACUCUGGGUGUGUGAGUAAGAUUUUAACAAAGUGAUUCUUCUGUGCAGUGACCCCCCACCCCCCGUCACCCGCACUCCAGCAGCACCUGCUAAACACACGAUCUUAGUGUGCGUACUAGCAACGAACCCCUUGUAUUGAUUGAUUGGUUAUGUAUCACAGGAGCACUUCUGCACCACCAUGGUAUUAGCGUGCUAUCUUACUUUGACCCAUGUAGCAAAGCCUAGCGCUUAGCUGUGCUGAGAGACCCCAUGAAUUUAUGCACCUUAAGCCCUAAAGUAUGCAAAAUAUUACCCCGCUCCUCCAAAAAAAAAGUGCAUUAUUAUCUUCCCAUCCCCUUUGUCCCUUUCUCCCAAAGCUUUGAUUGUAUUAUCCCAACAGAAGCACUUAAUGUUGUAUUUAAAUAUAUUGAAUUUGAACAAGCCCCUAUCCAGGUGAAUUGACGGUCAGAGAGGGGUGUCCCCCGCGCCUAAGUAAAUCAUUAUGACAUGUAGAGCUACAUUUAAAGGUAGAGAUCUAUUUGCGAGACGUCAGAAUGUGAACAGAGUGGUUUCAGACAAAGAAGCACUUUGUUUUAAAAAAUGUUAAACCACACUGGACAGUCUUCUACCAGGUGAUAAAGAAAUGAAAAACUCUGAGGCACCUUCUGGAGUUUAAGGCCAAAAAAGAAAAAAAGAAAAGAAUGAUGCUGCCCAGCGAAAGAUGGAAACGAACGGAGAGGAAUUUUGGGGUAACUGCUGCCAGGCAGAGUGCCCCUGCAGACUGGCCUCACACGUUCAAUCAUGAACUUUGCAAUGAAGCUGAAAGGACUCCUGGGAAUCUUUUCACGUUUCUAAAAAGUUAUUUCCAAAGUGUAUUUUUAAAAAGAAAAAAAACGGCUCGCCGACCGCGGCAGCCGGUGAUAUAAAAGGGGACGAAGGCGACCAAGCCUCAAAGAUCCCCCCCACCCUCUGGUGGUGACCAUAUCCCAGCACCAUGAGCCCAGAGGAGCUCUGGUGUGUCACUUUAGACCAGCAGGAAGCACUUCCCGGCCCUGAAGCACCUCGGCCGAACACGGCGGAGGCUUCACGGGUCGGAUCACAUGACAGGAGAGAGGGAGGCCUCACGGCGGACCCGAGUGUGCCGCUCACAAUCUGAGACUUUCUAAGAUAAUGUUUUAUUAGAGCACUUAUGUUUGUAGAGAAUGAGAUGUGUCCCCCCAUAGUAGGUUUCAUCUACGGAAAUACAACAAUAGCUGGUAGCACAACUGCAGACGUCAAAGCAGUAGAGCGACAGAUACUGCCUGAGAGACGCUGGCCACGAACAUUGUUAUCUCUAUAAACUUACUACGAGAGGAUGAGCUCGCUAUGUUAAAGAAAAAAAGAAAGAAAAAGGCAAGUCAACAAAGAAGCACCUUAUUUUCUUACUAUGUUGAUGACUUGUGCUCGAUCGUGUGCCACAAAAUUGACAUGGAACAAAGCUCUUAUGAAAUGCCGUUUUGAAGGAAAAAACCCUGACUAUAUAUGUAAGUGUUAAUGUAGUCGCGUCAGACAUCCCCUCAGUUAUGAACUCAACCAUGACAGUUGACCCAGCCGUGAGUGUAGGCCUACGCUCGUCAUCACAGGGGGCUGGGCCGCGCCGCCGUCUCUUACACCAACACCAAAUCAGAGGUCGUUAUUGGUCGGGAACAAGCACGCUUGUGCUGUCGGUGUUUUUAGGUUAAGAGUAGGUAACAAGCGUCGGGCUUAACACAGGACUGUAAUACACAGACACCAAGACUAGGCUAGAGAAUAUAGCUCCACUGGCCGAAAUACUAAGUCUAGAAUUACUAGGAGUCAUAUACGUAACUGCUUUCAACUUUUGACAUUAGUACAAAUAUGUGUAUCGCAACAGUACAUUGUUAGAAGAUGGCUUUUCUGCGGCGAGCCAGAGCGUGAUCCGGUAUACGAUGCCCUCUCUCGAUUCGCUCGCCAGUUACACACACACACACACACACACACACACACACACACACACACACACACAUAUACACAUGCAUCAUAUACAUAUACAAACACACACAACACACACACACACACGAUAACAAACAGGUAUUCAGUUGCAUUUGUUACCAGCAGCAUUCUCUCUGCUUUUGUGCUGAAGUGAUUUUGUGCAGUUUCAGUUCCCAGUGGAGUGGUCGUCAGUUCAUCAGAGAUCAUUUUGGUAACACAUUCUACUGACUCUGGAUUUUGAAAAAAAAAAUAAUAUAAAUAUAUAUAUAAAAUCCCACAUUUUCAAGUUUGCAUGGACGGAUUAAAAAUACAUGUUAGAGGUGUCACAGAAAUCUAUACACACGAACACACACACACACACACACAACAGAUACAUAGAUGUUAAACCCUGAGUUACACAGUAGCUAGUAUGGAUAAAAAAAGUCAACACAAUACAUGAUGUAGUGUCCCUCUCUCGUCCUUGUCUGUUUUAGUUCGAUAGAUAUUUGAUCAGUGAUUUUUAUGCUUGUUAUCCUAAACCCGCCCCCCCACCCUGCUAUGACACUUUCUCUCCCUCCCCCGAAUCUUCUCUAUCUUAGAGUACAACGCAUCCACACACACACACACACACACACA